AUGAGAAGGCAGGGGCGCAAUGAGGCUUCCCCGUCGAUCAUCCACACGUCGUCCAUAGCCCUCCUCCAGGAGCGGUUCAGGAACCUGCAGAGGGUCAAGGAGAUGCGGGAGGGCAGGGAGCUGCAGCGGGUGCACCACUCCGCCGACGCCACCGACCGCACCGGCUCCCCGUUGCCGCCGGCGCCUCUCGACCUUGGCCUGCAGCCCACGGCGGCCGGCGGCGACGAGCGGCCGAGGUGGUUCUUGCACCCGGACCUGGUGCGGCCGUCCAGGCCCCUGCACGGCGCGUCCGCCUACAGCGGCUUCGGCGGCGACAACGGCGGCGUUCAGGCGUCGCAGCCCGCGGCGGCGGCGGCGGCGGGCUCGUGGGGGGAGGUGCCGAGAAUGCAGAAUUCGGGCUAUAGGGGUGAUGUAGACGUGGACACCUCGCUUCAUCUGUAA